CCCACCGGCGACCGCCCCAUCUACUGCGGCCCCCCGACGUCCACCCUCGAUUGGUGCGAGGAGAACUACGUCGUCUCCUCCUACGUCGCCGAGUUCUGGAACACCGUUAGCAACUUGAUUUUCAUUCUCCCUCCAAUCUAUGGUGCAAUUCAAAGUUAUAAAGAUGGCCUUGAGAAACGAUACAUAAUAGCUUAUUUGUGUGUCACAGCUGUGGGCCUGGGCUCAUGGUGCUUCCACAUGACUCUGAAGUAUGAAAUGCAGCUGUUGGAUGAGCUGCCCAUGAUCUACAGUUGUUGCGUUUUUGUCUACUGCCUGUAUGAAUGUUUCAAGUACAAGAAAACAAUUAAUUACCCUCUCCUGUUUGUACUAAUAGCUUACAGCAUUGGCGUCAGCAUAGUAAGUA